CACGCAGCAAAAAGGGGCCACCCAACAGCUGCCGGCUAGAUAGGAUUGCAUGCUCGAAUGUUUGAAACGUGAAAAAGCGCGCAACAUCCGCCUCACGCCCCCCGAAAAAAAAUCCAAUUAGGAACUUGGCAAACCUCUCGGUUUUGCUGAUGUGAGAGAGUGGAAUCAUUAGGGUUUGAUUCUUGAAAUACGAGCCCAUCGAAAACACUUUUAUCAAAACAUAAAAUUUUCCACGUGUUGAGAACACCCCCUGUUGCGGAUCAAUCAACAGUCGGCAGACUUACGAAAGUGGCCGAUCGCGGCACCUUUUUUGCGGUAUAGAUGUGUCAUCGGUGGCGAAGGCUUAAGCCCACAGCAACUACGCCCACCUCAAGCGCCUCACCUACCCUUGGGUCGCCCUCUCGGCGGGAUGCCAACGAUUGCCACUUCCGGUGGUGGAGGAGCCACGACCACCCUGAUGACCACCACCCUGCUCACGACGAUGCUGCUCCGGAACGGGCUGAUGACGCUGAUCUUGAUGGUCAGCUCCCGAGGCCUAUCAUCUUCUAUGACUACGAUGACGACUACGGCCUCAAUGAUGGACCCCUCAUUGUCUCCAACACAGGACCCAAGUUAUGGGUCAAAUCCGGCGUUCCUUUCCUCACAGCUUCCAUCAAUUGGAGUUCCAAAUGGCGAUGCACCAGCCAUGGUACUAGAUGACCGAAUCCAGAGAAUCGUCCUGACAGGGGAAGAAACUUCAAAUUUGAAACCGGAAGAAGUGUUUCGUAGUGUUGUCGUAGGAAGUGAUUCAAGUGAUUCAAGUGCUGGUGAUAAUAUUAAGUUAGUGGGUAGAAGUAAACAUGCAAAAGGGGACGAAGUGUACAGUUCCAGUGGAAGCAGCAAUCGAAACACUUUAGUGGAUCGAAUUGGGAAAGGGCAUCAACACAACAAGCAACGCACAACGAGCGGGGGGAAGUUUUCAGAGCCGGAUUCCAUUCCACCAGAGGAACGAAACGACAGCGAUAAUCCAUUGCACGCAACGGAUUUGGAAGUGACGGCUUUGGUGAACAUAGUCGAUCCAUCAACCUCACAGCAGCAACAACAACAUCAUCAUCAGCAACAGCAACUUCCAUCGAUAACGGGCACCGGGGAAUCGACAGACGAAACCAACGACGACGACGAUCGGGGUAGCAGAACCAGCAGUAUUAGCAGUAGCAGUAGUGGCAGUUGGUCAGUACCAACUAUGUCAAACAACAAUAUCAGCUCUCCACGGACGAUGGCGACCACAACAGCAGAACCUCCUGCAAGCGUCCCGACGCCCCAGCACCAUCAACAGGCGCAACCUUCGGUGGCAGUAGCAUCGUCCCCACCACCGCAACAACAACAUCAACAACAACAACAACAAAAACAUCGAACCAUCAACUCGAUGAACCUUAAUCCGACCACACCGGCCAUGUUGGUCAAACCAGUGGACGAACACCGGAAGCUGCUGAAGAGCACCGGACCGAUCCUGAACUACGUUUUCGAUUCGCAUCCACCGUACUACAAGUCUAGUUAUUACAAUACCCGGUAUGGUCCUCACUUCGAGACGGAUAACGUCACGAACAUCACGGUGCAAAAUGGCGAUGAUUUAUUUCUAAGCUGUAGGAUAAGUUUGCUGCUAGAUAAAACGGUGUCGUGGGUUCUGCGGAAGCACGGGGAAACGGAUCUCCAGUUGCUGACGGUGGGGAAGCAGACCUAUUCGGGUGACCCCAGAUAUACGGUUGAGUUCCAGUACCCGAAUAAUUGGAGGCUGAAGAUCGCUGCGGUCAACAAGAAUGACGAGGGCGUAUACGAGUGUCAGAUAUCGACGCAUCCGCCCAAAGUCAUCAUCUACUACCUGCACGUUAAUGCUCCCGAGGUCCUGAUUGUGGACGAGGAGGGCCAAGCGCUGUACGACAAGUACUAUGAGGUGGGCUCAACGAUAAAGCUGCUGUGCCGAAUCCGGCACAUGUCGAUGCUCCGUUCCGCCGUUUAUUGGAUCCACAACGAGGCCAUCCUGAAUCACGACGUGCAGCGGGGGGGAAUCAGCGUGAAAACCAACCUGACCAACAUCGGUGCCAACUCGACGCUUUUCGUGGCCAAAGUAAACCGACAGGACUCGGGCAACUACACGUGUUCGAUCGGACCGAACCAGCACUACAGCGUAUCGGUGCAUGUCCUUAAUGGAACCGCAAAUCCGUACGGAAUUUACCAGCGAUCGUGUGCCUUCUCCGCCCUGCUCGGCCCCGGAACCCUGGAACUCAAGUGUCUGUUGAAGCAGCUGCUCUUCCUGUUGCUGUUGCGGCGUCUGGCCACCAGAUAGCAGCACUCGUAGCCGACCGAGGAACGCCAUUUUGUUCUGUAGCGAUAAAUUGUGGAAUUAAAUUCCCGCAAUCCGCGAACGAAACACGCUUGAAUGGGUCCUACACAUGCUGAAUGGAUGAAACCCUUCUUCUAGUCUUUUCACUGGACUUGAACUAGGGACAAACUAAAAAUAAUGUGCUAGUCAAACGAAGACACUAACAAUUUAGUGGAAGAAUGAGAAAAUAAAAUUAAGGAGAUGGAAAUAAAACGAAAAAAAAAACGAAAACCUUGUACACUAAAGCAUAGCGAUAAGAUAUGUAUAAGUUUAGCGAGUUGUUGAAUACUAAGAGAGCGAGCAUGGUGGGAAUGCAUGGGAAAAACCUUCUAGAAUAAACAACUGUCAGUGAUUUGCUGGCUGACAAGUGUAAAAUAGGAGAAACCUGUUGUUUGUUAAGUUGGAAUGAGUUUAUCAGCAUGUGAAACUUUCGUGGGAGAACGAUAGAGAAAUAAAACAAAAUAGACACAUACAUACAUUCUUAUAUAGAACACAACCAAAUGCUAGUUCAAAUUCCAGGACUGCAAGAAGGUGUGAACAAAAUAUUUUUCCCACGUUGACAGUUUUCCGUUUUCUUCAAACAAAAAAAAAUCUCAAGAAGAUCCCCUGUUUCCCGUUAGGUUAGUUAUUUUUUAUACAGAACAAACUCUCGUCGAAACGAAACGUAACGGUUAAAUCGUGGAAAAUAAUAGAUAAAACAAAAUGCAAAGCUUAGCAAGGCGAACAAAAAAAAAGUUUUUUUCAUUGAAACGUCAAUAUUUUUGUACAAAACAAACGCGCGAGCAGUUUUGACGAGACAUACAUACAUAUUGUAUAUUUUUCGUUUUCGGAAAAUUAAGAGAGAAAUAUUCAAACAUGUUAGAUAUGUAAAGGUAAAACAAAUCUCUAAUGAAAAUAAAAACAAAAUUUAACAAAGUUUAGACAAAACAAGAACAAAACGAUAGGAAUAAAAUAAUCGAAAUGAGAAUCACAACGCAGAACAAACCAAAAGAAGGUGUGAAACCAAAUUGGGACAAACCUGUAUAUGAUAAUUCGAAAACAGACUACAGACGAAUGUUCGAUAGGCAACAAAUGAAAGGAACAACGUUGCGGUGUGAAAAAAAAACAAACAGUGGAAACGAAAUUUAAAUUUAAGGGACAGAUUACACCAGAAUACAGAGUAUUUUGGAGGAAAUAAACUGAUUAAAGCAA